CAUGUGAAUUGUGCAACUGCAAAUACAAUAGUACUAAUUUUGUUGUGCAUGUUAGACAAAGCAUAAAAAGAACGAUAUUAACACUCCAAUAACCAGAAUCAAUCAUUAUCCAAUACUGUAUAUGAUUGUUUGUUUAUCAUUUUUCUCUUUAAGUGCCACACGUUCACACUCCACUCCACCCACUCACUCUGCUCACUCUGCUUCACCUUUACCACUCUCACCCUAUAAUAUCCCAAUCAAGUCUGUAUCUAUAUUCCCUCAAUUAUUCAUGGCGGAACCCAACAAACAUAUAAAAAUCAUCACCGGUUCCGGCACCGAUCAUUACAGCAUUUCUCUUAAAGACACUUUAGUCUCCUACCUCCGCUCCAUCAACAUCCAAGUUGAAGAUCUUGGAACUUCUUCUUACUACUCCGCUGCCGCUGAAGUUGGUCGUCGAGUCUCUCAAUCAACACCGUCUUCCUCACCAGAAGUUCGCGGUCUCGUGGCAUGUGGCACCGGCGCUGGCGUCUCCAUCUUCGCCAAUAAAUUUCCUGGCGUGUUUGCCGUCACUUGUCUUACUCCUGCUGACGCUGUCAACGCCCGAUCCAUCAAUAAUUCAAAUGUCCUCGCCGUAUCUGGUAAGUACACUUCAGCCGAAACAGCGGUCGAGAUCGUAGAUGCGUGGUUGAACACUCCGUUUAACUCUCCUUGUCCUGCAAGCAAUAACAAACCGUGGCCAGAAGAGAUGGAGAGGUUUCUAGACAAGUCUCUGGUUGAAAUGGCGGAAAUCGGAAAAGGAGAUCUUGAUGCUGCUAAUAUUGCAAUUGAUAAUGAAUUAGGAGGCUUAGCCAAGUGAGUGAGAGUGAGUGAGUAUGAUAGUUUUCAAUUUGUGUGGUGGGUUUUUGUGGAAUAAUAUUAACCUUACUUGUCUUAGUUGUGUCAAUACUCCUACGGAAAAAGAGGUCUUGGUGCUGCUAAGUUCAGAGAUUGUCAAUAAGUGAAGGUUGAUCUAGGUUUUGUGAGACAAUGAAGGUUUUUAUAUGUUAGUGCGAACAUCAAAACCCAAUAAAAAAGUUUCACCAAAGGAGAAAUAAUAAAUAAAAUUCAGGUUUAAAUAGGUCUUUCGUCUCUGUAAAUAUAGGUCAUUUGAAUUUUUGUUUCUGAAAUUACUAAUCAAAUGUAAUUAGGAUCAUUUUUCAAAUGAUUAGGACCAUUUUUCAAA